AUGCUGACUGUGACUCACAAUGACCGUUCAUCUUCUUCGCUGUCCAUAACUAAGAUUGCAAGCGGAUCCAAACUGAAGAAUAACUCAUCUUCCAACUUAUCCGAUCCCUUUUAUGGGCUUUCUUUUAAAGUGGGUGUUGCUGAAAAUAAAAAUACUGCUUAUCGAGCUAAAAUGGAAGAUGUUCAUACUUAUGUAGCGAAUUUUGCUGAAAGAUUAGAUUGGGGGUAUUUUGCUAUAUUCGAUGGUCAUGCUGGUAAACAAUCGGCUAGAUGGUGUGGUAAUAAUUUACAUAAUUUAGUUGAAGAUGAAAUUAUUUCUUUAGAAGAUUCAAAUUCGAAUGAUGAAAUUAAUAAUGCGGCUCCUUUAUCAGGUAAAUAUGAUAUUAAAGAUAUUCUACAUAAUUCUUUUGUUAAGGCUGAUGAAUUAAUUGAAAAAGAUGGUAAUGGCUCGUCAGGUUGUACUGCUGCAGUAGCAGUACUUAGGUGGGAAACUAAUGAUGACUCAAAUAGCAAUAUUAAUAAUAAUUCAACUGAAAAAUCAAACCAAUUUGAUUUUAUCCCAAAUUCUUCUCACAAACGAAUGUUAUACACUUCAAACGUUGGUGAUCUGCGUAUAAUACUAUAUCGCGAUGGUAAACCUUAUAGAUUAACCUAUGAUCAUAAAGCUCUGGAUGAUAAUGAAAUUAAUCGUAUUAGAGAUCAAGGUGGUUUGAUUAUGAAAAAUCGCGUUAAUGGUGUAUUGGCCGUUACCAGAUCUUUAGGUGAUUCGUAUAUGAAAAAUUUGGUUAUUGGUAGACCUUUCACCACUUCAACAGAAAUUACUCCUCAAGAUGAAUUUAUGAUUUUAGCCUGUGAUGGGGUUUGGGACGUCAUAUCAGAUUUAAAAGCUUGUCAAUUUGUCAGUGAAAUCUUCAGACAACAAAACGAAAUUGGCCAACCUUAUGAUACUCAAAGUGCUGCUAAAAAAUUAUGUCAAUUAGCAAUGGAUAACGCUACUACUGAUAAUGUUACGGUUAUGAUUGUUAAAUUUGAGAAAAAUGUCUUUGAUAAUAAAAGUUAA